GCGGUGCGGACGCCGCCCGAGCGAUUCUGGGAUAGCGAUGGGGACGCCCGGGACCUCGGCGGGUGCUCUGUUUCUGUCCCCCGCGUCCGCGCCCCCGAGGAAGCGCGCGGCUGGGGAGGCUGGAGAGGCCGGAGUUGCGAGAAGCAGGCAGCGGGUCCUAGAUGAAGAAGAGUACAUCGAGGGACUUCAGACAGUUAUCCAGAGAGACUUCUUCCCUGAUGUGGAGAAGCUACAGGCACAGAAGGAGUACCUGGAGGCUGAGGAAAACGGAGAUUUGGAGCGCAUGCGCCAGAUUGCCAUCAAGUUUGGCUCUGCCCUGGGCAAGAUAUCUCGGGAACCUCCACCACCUUAUGUUACUCCAGCCACCUUUGAAACUCCUGAGGUACACCCAGGCUCUGCUGUGCUGGGCAACAAGCCCCGGCCCCAGGGCCGAGACCUAGAUGAUGCAGGAGAGGCUGGAGAGGAAGAGGAGAAGGAGCCGCUGCCCAGCCUGGAUGUCUUCUUGAGCCAGUACACAAGUGAGGACAAUGCCUCCUUCCAGGAGAUCAUGGAGGUGGCCAAGGAAAAAAGCCAUGCACGACACGCGUGGCUCUACCAGGCUGAGGAGGAAUUUGAGAAGCGACAGAAAGAUAAUCUUGAACUCCCAUCGGCAGAGCAUCAAGCCAUUGAGAGCAGUCAGGCUGGAGUGGAGACCUGGAAGUACAAGGCCAAGAACUCUCUCAUGUACUAUCCUGAGGGUGUCCCUGAUGAAGAGCAGUUGUUUAAGAAGCCGCGACAGAUAGUACAUAAGAACACACGUUUCCUCCGAGAUCCCUUCAGUCAGGCUUUGAGCAGGUCCCAGCUUCAGCAGGCGGCUGCCCUCAAUGCCCAGCACAAACAGGGCAAGGUCGGCCCUGACGGCAAGGAACUCAUUCCCCAGGAGUCCCCCAGAGUGGGCGGCUUUGGAUUUGUUGCUACUCCUUCUCCUGCUCCUGGUGUGAAUGAGUCCCCACUGAUGACAUGGGGAGAGGUUGAGAAUACGCCCCUGCGAGUAGAAGGAUCCGAGAGCCCCUAUGUGGACAGGACACCUGGACCCACAUUCAAGAUCUUGGAGCCAGGACGCAGGGAGCGUCUGGGCCUGAAGAUGGCCAAUGAAGCGGCUGCCAAAAACCGGGCCAAGAAGCAGGAAGCGUUGCGGAGAGUUACAGAGAACUUGGCCAGUCUUACUCCCAAAGGCCUGAGCCCAGCCAUGUCCCCAGCCCUACAGCGCCUCGUAAGCAGGACAGCCAGCAAGUACACAGAUCGUGCCCUGCGGGCCAGCUAUACACCAUCCCCAGCACGAUCUUCCCACCUCAAGACCCCAGCUGGUGGGCCGCGGACACCCACAAGCACCCCAGCCCCUGGGUCUGCUACACGCACACCCCUCACACAGGACCCAGCCUCCAUCACAGACAACCUGCUGCAGCUCCCUGCCCGACGCAAAGCUUCAGACUUCUUUUAGAGCCAGGCCUGACUGGACCUGUGGAUGUUUUGUGGAACACUUUGUGGAGCAUCUAGGGCAGCUUUCUACCACUCAGAGGAUUCCAGGCCUUGGAGACACAGACCACAGUUGAUUAUUCCAGGAGCCACAAAUAUAUAGUGUUGUUCCCGUGGCCAGGUUGGCACAUUACGGGGACCAUUCCUUUGGAAGUAUAGCGUUGGUGCUGUUCCCAGGGCCCCGCUGAAAUGCCUUCUAGCUAACCCCCAAGUGAAUCCUCAUUAAAGAACACCUGGAACUGUCUGGCCGGGCUGCUGAUCCAUGUCCUGGGGCCCAUGUGGGUGUCUCAGGGUUAGAAGCAAGGGGUGCUGGGGAGCUGCCUUCUAUGCUGAGAUCACCCCCGAGCCUCCCACUGUAAAGGAUACCACAGACCCCAAAAGUAGAGCCAUUGAGCUUGUGGGCCUCCCACUCAGAGCUGGCCAUUGUUGGUUCUGGGCUUUCGUAUCAGGUGUCUGCAUAUCAGGCUCACCAGGACCAGUCCUUUUCCUGUGACUCGAACCAGUACCUCCCAGCAACCUGGCUGCCUCCCUGUCCUCCUCUCUGCUUGACCCACUGUUCUUCAGCUCUGCCUGCUGGACUCUGCUGAGACACCAGCUUUACCUCAGCCUGAGCUGUACUAUGAAAAAGAGUGCAGGCUCCCUGCAAACAUGCAAACGCCAUGCGCACCAGCAACUAAGAGUAACUAGUCCUCAGGUGACUAGAGGCCAGCUACGCCUGUUAGCCUGCGCCUACAGAGAGCUGAAGGGUCCCUUCUCGGCCGAACAGAGUCAAAAACUAUGAUCUAAUUCCCCAGCCUGCGUACGGUUUUCAGGCCACAAGUGGCAUCCUAGGGCCUGCCCUAUGUUAAGGGCAGCCUUAAGCACAGCACACUCUCCUGACACCUCGGUCUUGCUUUGAUCUCAUGAGAGCCACCUUUUCUAGUCUGCUGGCAUUGGGCCUCUGAGGCUUCAGCACUCUGAAGACCUCUGGGGUUGGGUACCUUCCUCCUUGGGCCUUCUACUACUUAGUUUUUGUCAGUUUGACAGAAGCUAGAAUCACCUGGGAAGAAGGAACCUCAAUUGAAGAAUUACCUCUCAUCAGAUUGGCUUGACGGCAUGUCUGCAGGCAUUUUUUUGAUUGCCAAUCGAUGUAGGAGGGCAGUGGUCUUGGGUUGGGUCAGAAAGCCUGGGAGGAAACUAGAGAGAAAGCCAGCCAGGAAGUGACACUCCUUCAUGGUGUCUGCUUCAGCUCCUACUUGAGGUCCUGCUCUGGCUUCCCUCAGUGAUGGACUGUGAUGGAAAGUGUGAGCUGAAUAAACCAUUUCCUCCCUUAA